AUGCUGCUCAAGCCGAAAAAGGACGAGACGUUCUUCUCAUCCCCGUCCCUAACAUGGCAGGAAAGCCCAUCGUCCGCCGGGAUACUCGUCGCAAUGGUUCACCACACUCUCCAGAGGCUCCUGAUCUCUAUCGAUUCCGACGCAGAGAUGCCCAUACACAACCUCCGCAGGCUUAUAACCAAAGUAAGUGUACGUGCCCCGGGUAUCACAAGUAUGGUUCUCCUGUCACCAGACGAGACGCGCUCGUUUCCUGUAGACGGACUUCUCAAACAUACCCAGCUCCGCGAACUCACCUUGGGAGGCGGCAUCGCAAUACCAAGCGAAGAAAUUCGGACGCUCCUCUCCCUACCACAUCUUCAUUCCCUCCAAGUGAACCUUGCGGCUUCCGACCCCUGCCCAGAUGAAACCUUUACACACGCAGUGACAGGGUCGUACAACAGCACGACCUUACGCAAAUUUGCUUGCGCCGCAUCAUGUGACACCGCGACCACCCUCUUGUCUCUGCUCGAUGCGCCUUACCUUGAGUCUCUAAUUCUCCAUGUGGACGAGACCCGCUUGCACCAGAGGCGCAGUGCGCACUCACUGCUCCUCCGCACUGUCGCAGGCGCUUCCUUCGCAAGUAGUGUAUUGUCUCUCGAAUACUCCAGCGCGAACAUAUACUCCGAGCUUGGCCCCAAAGCACACCAAUCUAUGAAUCUGGAUCCUGAUGAUAUCCCUGUAGAUCUCUCCCUCGAUCAACCCCUAUCGAACAUUCUCACCCCGUUCUUCCCUGCCACCCCUUCGCUCGAUUUACCCAAGCUCGAACGGUUUUCAUUCGACAUGUUCUGGCCUACGGCGGUCCAAGACGAGGAUGUCGAACAACUCAGCGUUGCCAUUGGCUCUACGGCGAGGAUCCUCGAACACACCCCACUUCCACCAUCGCUCCGGGCAAUUCGGUGGCAUAUCCUGCCCACCUGA